AGUACAUGAGUGCUACUUGUACAAAAUUGAGGAUAGAAGAUAGAGAUAAAAGAGUUGUUACUGAAUGUGGAUCUUGUUAAGUUUUUUUAAUUGGAAAAUUUAAACACCAUGGAUCCUCCAGCAGACGCCAAUAUAUUUCAAGUAAACAAAACUGAAGAAAUAGGACUGACACCUGAAGAAAUUAGAAGGUUAGAGCAUAUGAGGAUACAUGAGAAACACAAAGGACAUGAGGCAAUGCACACAGAGAUGGUCUUCAUUCUAGUCUUCACAGUGAUCGUUGCACAGAUAGCCUUAGUAGAAUGGAAGAAAAGGCACCACAGAUCGUAUCAGUUUGCAACAUUGUUUGGCAUGUGGAUCAUCCCCCUGGGAAUGUGUCUCAAGAACCAGUGGUGGAGGUUCAUCUUCCUGUGGCUGGUGUUCUCUUGUAUCACAGGCCUCAUCGUGCGGAAAGCCUUGGAGAAGCCCAUCCAGGGAACUACUCCCAGGCUUGUGUACAAGUGGUUCUACCUGAUAUACAAGCUGAGCUACGGACUGGGUAUCAUCGGCUACAUCAUCAUGGUCGCCACCUUCUUCGGACUCAACGUGGUGUUCGACGCCAAGCCCCAGUCCUGGAUGGAUGUGGCACUCUUGUUCCUCUUCUACGGCCUCUACUACGGUGUCCUGGCACAAGAUGUAGCGGAAAUAUCCAGCGAUAAAAUGGCUUCUCAUAUCGGGUAUUACACAGCCAAUGGGAUACCUACAAGACAUCUGGAGGCCGGGGUCUGUGCUGUCUGUGGGAACCGGUUGCUGGUCCAGGAGAACCAGGAGGGAGUCCUGGAGAACACAUACAAGCUGAGCUGCGAUCACGUAUUCCACGAGUUCUGUAUCAGAGGCUGGUGCAUCGUAGGAAAGAAGCAGACCUGUCCUUAUUGCAAGGAGAAGGUGGAUCUAAAGAAGAUGUUCUGCAAUCCGUGGGAGAAGCCCCACGUUCUCUAUGGCCAGCUGUUAGAUUGGUUGAGGUGGCUGGUGGCCUGGCAACCAGUUAUCUUCGGCAUAGUCCAAGCCAUCAACUACCUGUUGGGACUGGAGUGACCAGACAAAUCAACUGCGGGAGACUUUUAAGAACGGAGAUAUAUAAAAGACUUAGAAAGAAGAGCUGCUGGACUGAGUCCGAAGUUACCAAGCUACAAUUCGGCAACUAGUUGCAUUACAUAUAAAUGACUUACGCAAUGCCAUGACUAGUGAAAUUCUCGGAUAUUGUACCCAGUAUGGUAUUGAUUUGCUUAUACAUCCCUCUGUGGCACCUUAUACAUGUUACUUUUUAAUUGUGAAUUAAUUACAGAAAUGCCCUGUUACUAAAAAUGUUGUUUGAUGUUACGCAAUUAGGGUGGUUUGGGAAAGGAGUGUUACUUCAUACUCAAUCAUUAUAGUCAGUAAAGUUACGGGUACACAAGACAAAGUUCAUUUGUUAGCAGUUAAUAAAUUCGAUCCUUGAAAAAACGAAAAUUAAAAAAGUUAUAAUGAGAUUAUGAUCAAUUUUAAAUUAUACAAAACAAUUGGUGGAGACUUUUUAUAAAAUUAUUGACAUUUCAAUCACACUGUAAUCAAUAAAUCGAACUAUCAUUCCUGGAAAAUACUGACAAUGUUAGGUGUGGAAUGAUUAAUAAGCUGAAGAACAGAUUGACAAAAGACUGAAGUAAAUAAAAUAAUCAUGUCCAAGUAUAUAAUGAAUAACAGUUUUAUAGAUCAUCUGAGAUCCAGUUAUACUUUUUUUAUGGGCAGUAUUUAGCAACCUAAAACAUGUAAGAAAAUGUGAGCAUACGAUUGGUGAUAGAAAGUGUUUUAUUUUUCGUUUAACAAAACACCUAAAUUAGAACAGUGCAAAAUUUCUAUGACUGAUAAAAAUACUGAUAAUGCGGUUAUACAGUAUGUCAUUCUAAAUACUGUCAGUCAGAAUAUGUGUUUAUAUGUAUGGUGUUUAUACGACUAUGGCGUUUUAUAUGUAGGAAAUUGUGUAACGGGAUGUGUAAAACGUUGACAAAAAUGGCUUGCUUUUGUCAAUUUGAUACAUCCAGAGUUACACUGAGUUAAGCGUUAGAGUUAAAUAUAAAAACGUUGCACUUAAGGAUUAAUAUUUAUGUAUACAUAUCCCCAUACAGAUUUUUUGCUGCAAAUUUUGAAGCUGCAAAUUCAUAUUUUAAUUUAUUAUUAAUAUUUUGACUUCAUCAGAGAAACUUAUCAUUAUGGAAUCUACUAUUGACAUAACAGUGAGCGUUUAUGAAAAUAUAACAUUCAUGAUUCAGCGUAAAAGUUUUAUUUUACAACUCUAUUAAUGAAAAUUUAAACAGUGGUAAUGUCAGAUAAUAACCUUUCCAACUGUUACAAUGCAUUUAUUUUAUACUGUUGCAACGAUAAUCUUCAAAGUCAAAUGUUUAAUUCAGAUUUAACUGUUUGUUAACAUUGUAAACUGUACUAAGUAAGAAACUGUUUAUGAAAGGAAUUGUACAGUAGGAAUAUUUUUUUAGGAGAUGUUGUAAUCAGUGUUUAAAUUGGUAAUUGGCAUGUAAAAUUGGCAAGUUGAUUAAACAGUCUAUUAAGUAUCGAUAUAAUUCCCAAAUUGCUGUCAACUGUUUUAGGAUUUUUUUAAUCCUUAAGUGCACAAUAGUUUGUGUGCACAUGAGAUCUAGGCCAAAUACAAUGUUAUUGCUGAUAUUUGGAAAAAAUACCAUUACAUAUUUGUUCAUACUUUAUGAAAUGAUAAUAUACUUUUAACACGAACCCAAUCUUAUUAUAUAAUGCAGAUGUAACACCUUAGCACCUAAGUGAUGAAACAAAAAUGUUCUCUACAUUUUUUCUUACAUUUUAUAUCACUCACAAAAAAGUUUUCACUAAAAACUUUCUUUAUACAGUAAAUAACAUGUUUUCACCAUACAAGUUGUGCAAAUCUAUUAAAUCAACAAAAAACUGCUUUACUUGUAAAAACUUAGAUUUUUUAAUUUUUAUGGGCGGCAUGGGUAAAUUAAGUCCAAAUUUUGAAAAUAUAAUUUGUCUAUACAUUUCUUAUAAAUAUAACACACUUUUUUGCAAGUUGCACUAUUGAUAAAAGUUGGUGGAUUACAUAAAUCAAUAAAGUACACUACCAACUUAAAGUUCAUUUAUAUGAUGUCUUUUAGAGGAUCGGAUUUUACUCUGGGUGUAGAUCGCCCAUUGGCAUGUUCAACUCAUAAAAUUGUGCCUUGUUAUCGAGAAUAUAGUGUCAUGCCGAAACUGAACUUUGUCACUAUCAGUAAGUAGAUUCUUUAAACUAGUAUCCAAAACAUUGACCAUGUUUAUCCGAUUACUGACAUGUUUAUUACAACAUUGAAUUAAUUCUACCAUAGCUUUCGCUUUACAUCGACAACUUUGGUAAUUUUUAUAGAAUAAGGUGAUAAUUCAUAAAAGUAGUAGAUUAAGGGGUUAAUUCAGCUAAACAAAUUUGUUAUUUUCCUAUCGCUUGAUGUUUGUGUUGUCACUUAGCUCAUAUGCAUUUCUUUUUUAUAUUUUUAACCUAGUUUUGGAUAACUUUUUUAGGGUUUAAUGUAGGAUUUUUAACCUUUUUGGUGCCUCAUAUUAUGCUAUAUGUGUCUUUCUAAGAAAUUAUAAAUGGUUUUCAAUUGAAGGUAUGAAACUCAAAAAGUUUUUAAUACUUUUUUUCUCACAUAUGACAAGAAACGUUAACUAAGUAAUAAACUUAAACUCCAUUCAGAAUUAUUGAUUUUAAGCCAAAUAAUAAUAAACAGGGUAUACAUAGCCCAUUCAAGAGCCUAUGAGGUGGAUGUGAUAUUAUAUAAAUACCUUCAAAAAGUACGUUUUGGGAUGGGACUGUCCAAAGUUUGACCAAAUAAGUCAUAUUAUAGUAGCACCUACACUUUUAGGAAAAAUUUUAUCUAAAUGGGACACUGAAGGGAUCUUGGAAACUGUCAAACAUAAAGUAAAGAUUAUGCGUAACAAGACCAACUAAUCAAUGUGGCUAAGUUAAUCACUCGCUGUGUUCAAAAACCUUUUUUGGUCCAAAUUUUCCAACUGUCACAGCUCUCUUAUUAGAAUCAUCAAUGCGUCUUUUACAUGAAAUCUGCAUGGAAUUUCAAAUAGAUUUUAAAUAUUAUAAUAAAAAACUUCAAGACCAGCACAAAAACCAUUAAUGGAACAUCUUUUACAUGAAAUCAUCAUGAAAUUUCAUCUAGUUUUUAAAUAUUAUUAUGAAUGACUUCAAGACCAGCAAAAACCAUUAAUGGAACGUCUUUUACAGGAAAUCUGCGUGAAAUUCCAUCUAGUUUUUAAAUAUUAUUAUGAAAACUUCAAAAUCAGCAAGCCCAGUUCAAGUAAAUCUUUUUAUCAAAAGAAAGUAAAUUCUUUACUGAUUCAAAAAUACCACAUACUUGUUUUUAUCAAAUAAUUAAAAUGUUUGUUUUUUUCAAAAAAUUCGAGAACUUUAACAAACUUUUUGAGGAGAUUCUCCCUUUUAUGCUGCUCACUAAGUCUGGUAAAUUUUUAAAUUUGGUUAUAUGAAAUUCUGUGUAGAAAUAAAAUAAGUUUAUUUUUUGACUAAGUUGUACCAGAAAAGUGGGUUUCAAAAUGAAACCAUCCAUGUAUUAAUUCUUUGGUCCGGUAUUUCCCUGCUACAGAAGUUAGCCUAUUCCAUCUGGAAAAUCAUAGAAAUAUUCAUUUUUUAGCAUUUCAAUAAACAGAGCUGCUUAAAAGAAAAUCUGAAUCUUUGAACUUGGGUAUUGAACUCUGAAAUAAGUAAUCUAAGGUCAAGUUUGUUUAAUCUAAGUAAUCUAGGUUGUUAAUGUUUUAUUAUGAGGUAAAAUAAUCCUUUCAUAUUUUAUUAGUUGAUAUUAAUCAACAUAGUAAAAAUAUAUGACUAGUGAUGUUUAUUGUUCACAGUAGAUGAAUGAAAAAGCGUGUUGUAAUUUUUGUGCUGUGCACCUUUAAGUGAUUAGUUGUUAAAAUAAUAAGCUACCAUAUCUUUUCUAUUUUUUUUUUUUUUUUUUUUUUUUAAGUGCUAAAUCCGAUUAUACUGUUUGCCACCUUUAAUAUCGGAACCACAAAGAAUGUGUUUCACAUUUUUUUUAUACCUUAUAAACUAUACAUAUUUAAGAGAUAUAAAGUAAAAAAUUAAAUGUUUUAACAAAGGAUCCCACUUUCAGGACACAAAAUGAGAAUAACACUUUUUUUACUUGAUAAUAUAUAUGUGGAAAGAGUAAAUAGAUAAUGCAAGAAGCUUCUGAAUUCUACCAUUUCAUUAUGUGGGGUAUGUUGUUAUUGUUCUCCCAAAAUAACUAUAAAUAUUUAUAAUAAACCUAUUAAUUCACAUUGCCUGUAGAGUAUUGCUACCAUAAUGACUAAAGGAUAUUAGUACACAAUGCUCUAUGUAGGUACCAGUAGCAUAAUGUGGGUUUAUCAUCCUAACCUACAUGAUUGGAAAUAGGACUGAGACAAGUGAAUGAGUGUUACGUGCCAAUGGUUUGCUGUUAGGUUAGUUUUUGUAAAAAUUAAAAUUGUCCACUGUUACAUUCCAGUGGUUUUAUCAAACUAAUGUAAAUAUCAAUUUGUUUGCAGCAAGUAAUAAUUUGGAAAAUAUUUUUCUUUCAAAAUUACAAUACUGUAACACAAACCAUUUUCAAAAAUCAUCAGCCUUACCUUGGAUGCUAUAGAAGCAUAAAGAAUGGAAUUAAUUCAAACCAUUUAAAAACAAAUCAAUAUUUAAUUAAUAUCCAUAAACAGAGAUUCAAGUGAGGCAAGGCGGAAUAUGUUGUCAAUGGGGGGAAAAGGGAUGAAUCCAUUUUGUAACAAAAAAAAGCAAGGAGAGAAUUUUCAGCCAACCGAUAGCUCUGCCAAUUUUGGUGAUGGAAUGGCAUGCCACAAAGUAGGCCUCCAUGUUAGUUCGUAGACAGUAAUUUGACUUAAGGAUUAUUGAAUGACGAUGUUGCCUUCUCCUUUAGUUUUCAUGAUAGAUUGACCUAGGAACCGUUGUGCAUUUUUAUGUAUUUUAAAUAUUUUUGCUUGAAACACAUUAUGAAGGAAUGAGAGCCUUUAAGGACUGGUUAGUCAAGUUGUCCCUUGGGACCCAAACUCAUCUCUUCAUCCUUCUUGAUCGAUUUCUUUACCAGAUCUGUGUUCUCUUCUCAAAAGAAAGGCCUUACUCCUGCCAUUCUUGGAUGAUCAAAGCAGAAUCGUUUCGGCAUAGUAAUGCAGCAAGUUAGUAUGGACGUGUUUAGAUUGUUAGUUAUGCUCUUACAUCCAGCCGAGUAACGGCUUCCCUUGAAGGAGUUAUACAGUAUUAAGGGAUGCUUCACCUUUCACAUAUAUGUCGAAAAGACAACCCAUACAAGCUUCAAGAGCUGAUGUGCGACUGGAGUGUAUGGCUUUAUUGAUGUUGAGACAAGCUAGACACUGAACUCCUUAGAGUCCAGCCAUCACUGCCUUUUACUACACUGUUAGCCAUCAGAGAAGGCAACCAGACAAGACAACACAGACGAAGGACCUAACCAAGCACGCUGCCAGUCACAUGACUAUCAGUGUAGGAAAAUAAGUCCAGAUAUGUUUUCACCUAGCGGCAACACAGACGAAGGACCUAACCAAGCACGCUGGCAGUCACAUGACUACCAGUGUAGGAAAAUAAGUCAAGAUAUGUUUUCAUCUAGCUACAACACAGACGAAGGACCUAGCCAAGCACGCUGGCAGUCACAUGACUACCAGUGUAGGAAAAUAAGUCAAGAUAUGUUUUCACCUAGCGACAACACAGACGAAGGACCUAGCCAAGCACGCUGGCAGUCACAUGACUAUCAGUGUAGGAAAAUAAGUCAAGAUAUGUUUUCACCUAGCGACAACACAGACGAAGGACCUAGCCAAGCACGCUGGCAGUCACAUGACUAUCAGUGUAGGAAAAUAAGUCAAGAUAUGUUUUCACCUAGCGACAACACAGACGAAGGACCUAGCCAAGCACGCUGGCAGUCACAUGACUAUCAGUGUAGGAAAAUAAGUCAAGAUAUGUUUUCACCUAGCGACAACACAGACGAAGGACCUAGCCAAGCACGCUGGCAGUCACAUGACUACCAGUGUAGGAAAAUAAGUCAAGAUAUGUUUUCACCUAGCGACAACACAGACGAAGGACCUGAAAAAACAACUCAAACUCCAAAAACCUAACAAUGUUCAUUGGUCUACUCAUGGUCCAUGAAAGCCAAACAAAAUUCUAGGCCGCAUCCUCCAAAUUCUACUACAGAACUGUCUAUUGGUGUGAAGAACAACCACUGCACAAUACGGUAGCAACUUUAAAUGUGGAUCCCACCUCAGUCAGAAUGCCAAGAUAUUUAGUCUCGUUGGAAAAAAAUACUCCAGUGCCUACUAGAGAUAGAGAUUAAAGGUUAAGCUUUCUCUAUCAGGUUAAUGGAACCGCAGUGAUUUUGGAGAGGUAAGAAGUAUUGAAAAUGUGAAAUGCUUCGCCGAAAGUGAUUCACGUGAAAUUUUAUAGAUUUAUAAUAAAGUAAAUACCCCUACAAUUGUGAAGUUUAAAACUUAGUAAUUUCUAAAAUAACAUGGGUGAGGUUGUUGGGAGGGGAAAUAAAACCCUAUCUUAGUUCUUGGGCUUACACACAAAUUACCAUGACUAACAUCAGAGUUUUCCAGUUCACAUGCGUCAAAACAUUGCUUACACAAUUCAGUCAACAGAUAUGAAACCGAAACUCAUUUUCGAGUUAACAUAUCUUGACUGAGAAUGGCUCUCCAUAGAGAGGCCGAAAUAUUUGUAGAGUGUAAUUGUGUAAUCGUUUCGAUGUGUUGUGAAUCGGAAAACUUGGUGCCAGAUAUGACAGUUUUUACUGUAAUGAAAUUUUAAGCAGUGAGUUAGCUGAGGUAAAAUAACAGCAAGUAUAAUUAAAAAAAUUGUGCUUAUGAAUUUCUUAAGGGAAAUCUUGACAGAUGGUUAAAUAGAUAAUAGAGGACGGAACUGAACAUUUCUCUCAUUUUAGAUGGCUGAAAAGGCAGAUUCUUUAAUCAUACUGAGCUCACUUUGUCAGGAAUUGAAAAGAAACGUUUGGGAAAUUGUCAAUACUUUCGUUUUGUAGAGAACAGUCAUUUCAGUAAACUUUUAGUUCUUUAGUUACUGAAGAGACAAGAGGAAUUUUUAAAUGUGUUAUUAUAGUGGCAAUCCUUUGACAGAACAAUUACUUAAGUGUUGGAAAAUAAUGCGUUUUCUUUUGUUGAAAGCAAAAGAAUUUUUUCAUAUCCUCAACAAUAUUAUUAAAAAUAAUAUUCCUUAUGAAAUUAAAAUUAAAACCAAAGGGAGUUGUCCUGUGUUAAAUUAAUGUUGUUGAAAGUUUUCCAUCUCUGUUUAUAUUCUAUAUACAUGUAGUUUGCAAGAAUAAGAAGUAAACUAAGUAAGAAACAAAAUUUGCAAUGCUUUAUACAAUGUUCUCUGUGUUUCCGACCCUUUUUUAUAUAUCAAGCACUAAGUUUGUAGUCCACACUCCAAAUUGGAAACCUAGUUAAUUUUUGUCAGGAAAACCUACCAUAUAUGUUUUUAUGUCUUCGUGUAUUUAAUUGCCUAAUCCAACUCAUGCAGGGUUUUGUUUCAUGUUGCUGUACUAUAACAAUUGUAAUUAUAUUUGCCUUAUAUUCUAAAUGGACAGUUGUAGUAAUAUGUAAUGAUGUGAACACAUUUUGUAUGUUAAAUUUAUUUUCCAGUUGCUUGACUAGGUGCAAACAGUUAAAAAUAAAUGUUAAUUUGCUGAUGUAAAUAAUACAUUGUUUAUAUUUGUGUUUGUAUACAGUUCUAAAAUUUGUGAUAAUAAAGUAUUACCAAAUUG